AUGGUAUAUGAGUCACAUUUUUGGGAACCAAAAUGGGUUUUACCUCUUUAUAUGAUACACGAUGCCAACGACCGCACAUUCUCCAAAGAACAUUCCGACACAGAAUCCCCUCGCUCCUGCCAACAAUUCACCCAUGUCUUCGCGCACCUCUCUAACGCUCGAGCAAAAGCUACGCGUGCACCUAAAGCUUCAGCAAACCCCUGGCCUAUCAAACCCCUAGCUCGACGAGUGGAUCUACCAGACGUUCAAUGUCCACAUCAGCCGAGCUACACUGGGAAGGUUGCGAUCUCUGGAACCUGA